GCAGGGGGCACACAGGAGGCAGCAGGCUCGCUGAGUGGGAGCCAUGUCAGUGAAGCUCACCUUCGUGUCCCCUGGGGAUGGGGGUGGCAUCAGCAGGAGCUGCUCCUUCACCGGCUUCAGCACCGUGCAGAGCAGGAAACUGGGCAAGUCCCUGAGCAGGAGCUCCGUGAGGUCCAGGGUGUCCCUGAAGCCCCCCAAGGCCUACAGCUCCCUGCAGAAGGGGGCACUCGUCUGGGACCCAAAGCCACUGCAGGUGAAGAAAAUUUUUGAAGCUUUGAAGAAAGGACUUAAUGAAUACCUGGAGGCACACCAGGCUGAGCUGGAUUAUCUCUCUGGGCGGCACAAGGACACAAAAAGGAACUCUAGAUUGGCUUUCUACUACGACCUGGACAAGCAAAUCCGCUCUGUGGAGAGAUACAUCAGGAAAUUGGAGUUUCACAUCAGCAAGGUAGAGGAGCUCUAUGAAGCUUACUGCAUCCAGUGCAGGCUGCGGGACGGGGCCACCAACAUGAAACAGGCCUUCUCGCUGUCCCCUGCCACCAAAGCCUCCAGGGAGAGCCUGGUGGAGCUCUACAGGAACGUGCAGGAGUGCACAGAGGACAUGUGCUUCAUCGAGGGCGCUCUGGAGGUGCACCUGGGGGAGUUCCAUGUGAAGAUGAAAGGGCUGGUGGGCUUUGCUCGACUCUGCCCAGGAGACCAGUACGAGGUGUUUGUGAGACUGGGGCGCCAGAAAUGGAGGCUCAGAGGCAAAAUUGAGACUGAUGACAGCCAGACAUGGGACGAGGAAGAGAAGAUUUUUAUCCCCAAUCUGCACGAGAAGUUUGAAAUCAAGGUGACAGAGCUGCGGGGCCUGGCCACCAUCCUGGUGGGGGUGGUGACGUGUGACAGCAGCAGCUUCUUCAGCCCCAAGCCCCAGGCCAUCGUGGUGGACAUCACGGAGCUGGGCACCAUCAAGCUGCGCCUGGAGGUGCUCUGGAACCCCUUCGACACAGAGAACCUGUUUCUGUCCCCUGGAAGCACUGCCAAGUUUUCUGUGGGCAGCAGGAAGAGCUCCUUGUACAACUGGACCCCCCCAAACACCCCCAGCUUCAGAGAGAGGUAUUACCUGUCUCUUUUGCAGCAGAGGCAGAGCCCGGGGGAUGGCGGGGAGGAAGCCCGGCCUCCCAGCAUCCUGAGCUACUUGGCUGCCUGCGAUUUCGAUGUCCCUGGGAGGAACAAGCCCCACAACCCCGCGGAGACGAGCGAGGGGGACUCGUUCAGCUCUGAGGAUCAGAAAGGGGCAGAAUCCAGAAGCACAACGCCAGCCCUGGACCACAGGGUGCUGCCGCCGGCGAUCAUCCGAGAGGCUGGAGCAGAAGAGCUGCAGCAUCCCCUCCCGGACCACAGCACUCUGGACAUCCUGAGGAAGACUCCGUGCGGGGAUGGAUUCCCCAGGAGCCCCUCCAGUUUUCCCCCCCGUCACAAGGGCAGGGCAGAUUGCUUCGGGCCGGGCCGGGGCCGCCUGGCAGAGCAGGAGAACCUCAGCCAGAGGAGCUGGAGCGCGGCGAGCGAGCCCCGAGCGAGGGCCAUGGACAGGAGCCUGCAGGAGCUGCUGGCCCUGCUGCGGCGGCAGGAGGAGGAGGAGGAGGAGGAGGGCCGAGCGCCGCUGGCCAGGCUGCAGGGACAGGUGUGCGCCCUGCGGGACCGCCUCAAGCUGAAGACACCUCACAAACAUUCCUCCAUGGAGAGUUUGAUGGUGGAGACAGUGCUGGAGAGUUUUGAUUUCCUGAACAACGACUGCAGUGCAGACGAGCUCUCCCUGUUUGGGAGUGUGAGGACAGGCAGUGUCAGCAGCACAUACACUGACAACGUGCUGCAGCCCCUGGGCUGUGACACCAGGCCAGAAGCCCAGGAUGUAACCACGGGGGAUGAGAACCUGGACGUGCUGCUGCUAACACACCUGAGGCUGUGCAAAGCUCUCCUGCAGAAACUGAGGACCCCAAACGUAGCCCAGGUGGUCCAGGAGAGCAUUUUGGAAGAGGUGUCAGAGCAGACACGAGUCCUGGGGGAUGUCGUGGAUCUGUCUGCAGAGAAAAUUAUUCAGAAGGCUAAAAAGAAGAAGCAAUAUCUGAAAAUCUGGAGUGAUCUUGCAGAGCCUGGCAGCAGCAUCUUGGUGACCUCGGCAGAAAGGUUCCGUCACGCUCUGAAAUACACAAUGAUGCUCAAAGUGAAGGAGAAGUACCCCAGCCACCUGGAGACAGUGCUGCAGAGGCUGCUGGAGCAGAUCCUCACCUGCGAUGGGCUGCUGCCCCCCUGCCCUCUGCAAGCGGAGCCGGUGACUCUGUUCCAGUUCUAUCGGUACCUGGAGCGGCACCGCAUCGGCAGCCUGGAGAAGCACCUGGCCAAGCUGGCCAAGGAAGUGAUGCUGAUCGAGGAGCUGCAGUGCCCCGGCCGGCUGAAGACGCUGAAGAGGCUGAAGGGGAAGAGGCUGAGCCGGCUGCAGCCGCUGCCGCGGACGCUGCGCCUGCUGGGGCUGCUGCAGCUGGACGAGAACCACCGGGUGGGCAAAGCGGCCACGGCCUGCCUGGCCCGGGCCGGCGGCAGCGGCAGCCUCCGGGCCCGGGCCGUGCUGUUUUACACCGACGCUCUGUCCGGCUGUGACUCCAGGCUGCAGCAGGCUGCGUGUCUGGCUCUCAAGAACCUCAGGGCUGUGGAGAGCAUUGAGCAGGUUGCCCACCUGUGCCAGUCUGAAACAGAGGAAGUCAGGAAUGCAGCCAGGGAAACCACGCUGUCCUUUGGGGAACGGGGCCGACAAGCCUUUGAGAAGAUGGACAGGAUCUGCUGUGAGCUGAGAGAAACUGCUCAGGAGGCCGAGAUUGAAAUCACCGUGUUUUAGAGAGCUGGAUCCCUCUGUCCUCACAGCCCCACGGGUACUGAGGCUUUGGUUCUGUCUGGUUUCCUUCUGUUCUGUCCUGUCCCUGCCAUCUCCUGCCCCAGCACUGGUUUAUUUCCAGAGGGUGCAGUU